GCCACACCGCCACACCAACCCACACAUAGAGUCACCCCCUACCGAUUCAAACCCACACCUUCUCACUCUCUCCGAUUCUCCCAGAUCUACAGGGUCUAAACCAAGAUGAUGCAGCUACUGUACACCGCGAUCUUCAGCCAAAUGGCGCUGAUUCUGACUCUCCUCUUCAAGACGCCUCUAAGGAAGCUCGUGAUUUUGGGCCUCGAUAAGCUCAAGCGAGGCAAAGGCCCUGUUGUCGUCAAAACCGUCGGCGGCACCGUCGCCGCUGUGCUCUUGGCCAGCGUCUACAAUAUCAACGAGCUCAGGAGCCGCACCAACGAGGCCGGCAUGCUUAAUCCCACCGACGAGGUCCUCAUGUCCAUGAAAAUGCUCGAGAUUUCUCUCAUGGGGUUUUUUCUGUUUCUUUCACUGAUGAUUGAUAGAUUGCACCAUUACAUAAGAGAACUUAGAUUUCUGAGGAAGGCCAUGGAGGCUGCAAAGAAACAAAACCAGGCUACUCAAGAGGAGAAAAACGAGGGCCACAAGACUUUGGUACAAGAGAAUGAAACACUGAGGGCAAAAGUUAAGAAUCUGGAAACCGAACAUGAGACCAAAGAAAAGAAGGCAAAGGUAGCAGGUGCUGAGGUAGAGGCCCUAAAGAAGCAAUCUGAGGGACUUCUUCUGGAAUAUGAUCGCCUGCUGGCAGAGAACCAACAUCUUCGCGACCAGUUGAAAUCAAUUGAUCAGAGCAUAUCACACUCUGAUGACAAAAAAAAGACGUAAGGCGAAAUAUCUACCUCUAUGAGGGAAACUGUAGAUCUGCAUUAAGGCAGAAAGGAAAAUGAGUGCACUUACUCAAUGGGAUCAGUAUGGAUGGAUAUAUAAUGGGGUGCCAAUGGUAGUCAAAUGAUGCGCAACAAUGUGGUUGAUUUUCAGUAUUAUCUGAUAAAUAUUUCUCAGAGUAAUAGUUUUACUUCUAACUUUGCA